CAUACGCCGCUACACAUCUCUAGGGCUUUGCGGCAUUGGGCAAAAAAUUUGCGAAAAUUUGUGAGUUUACAAGGAAAGCCAUUAAAUGGUGUAGCUUCGCAAAGCAAUCGAAUAAUUGCUGUAGGCCGGCGUUUCCAGAAUAUCUGGCUGGGUGCAUUUCGCAGGAGAAACUGAGGGGAAGUCAACUGCUGCAUAUUGAUAGGGCAGUCAGCCGAUGUGUCAAUGUUAAUCGCGCUUUUCGCGCUUGCACAUUUGCCAAUCUUUCGUAAGACGCCGCCCCCAGCAGCCCCCUCUCCGUCUGUCCCUCAGUCGCCAAGGUGUGGCAGAGCGUUCCAUCUACCGCCAGCAGACGUCGGCAUCCGUUCUUCGGUUAACGAAAAAGCAUCCGGGAUGAGCAGCAGCGCCGACCAGGAAAAGCCGAUAGCCGCGAAUGGCAAUGCGGUGGAUACCCAAGAUGUGGAGAUCAUCAACUUCCUGCAGCACGAGAAGCAGUGCUGCCGCGCCAUUAGGACUAAUCAGACAAAGGUCCUCACUUCCGGCGGCGGCCACACACGCGGCUCCUCCAAGGUCAAGCUUAAGAACAUCGUCGACUACAAGUGGGAACGCAAGUACUACUAUCCGGGUCACCUGGUGGCCGUCCACCGCGAUGGCAAGCACUUGGCCUACGCCAUUAAUGUCAAUAAUAAGGCCACCGGAAUGGAGGGUAUGGUGCGCGUAUGCAACAUUAGUACCAGUAUGCGGGCCCUAAUCAAGGGGAUGAGCGGAGAGGUCUUGGAUCUGCAGUUCGCCCACACUGACCGAGAGCGCAUUCUGGCUGUGAUCGAUGUCAGCUCCCUGUUUGUCUACAAAGUCGAUCAACUCGAGGGCAAUCUUCUGUGCAAUCUUGUGCUGAAGGUAGAGGACCCUAUUGCCAACUAUGUUCCGGAGUACGACAUGGUCUCCUGGUGUCCCUAUGUUUGUAAUAGCAACUCCGCUGUUCCGAUCAACGACGAGGACGAUGAGAAUCAGCUGCUUAUUUGGUCGCGCAGCUCUCAGUUCCAGUGCUUCCACGUCAAAAUGAUUGUCUCUGAGCAUGGGCGUGGUAAGAUUGAACCGGCUGCUCUGGAGACUGGCUAUUUGAAGAUCGAAGAAGACUCGCUAAUCACCUGCGCCGCUUUGUCCCCGGACGGUACUACUGUAGCUGCAGCCUGCGCCGAUGGUUUGGUUCGCUUUUACCAAAUCUAUUUCUUUGAUGUGCGCAACCAUCGUUGUCUGCACGAGUGGAAGCCGCACGAUGGCAAGAAGGUGUGCUCCCUAUUUUUCCUGGACAAUAUCAACAAGCCAAUAGAAGAUUCCUACUGGCAACAUGUGAUCACUACGAGCGAUGCCAACACCGAAAUCAAGCUGUGGAACUGUUCGCUGUGGGAAUGCCUGCAGACUAUUAACGUGGUGUCAAGUAAUCCGUCAUCAGGGCAACAUGGAAACUUCAUCGCCGGCAUUGAUCGCAGUGCCAAUUAUUUGGUGCUGUCCUGUUUGGAAUCACGAGCCGUAUAUGUGUUGCAGAUCAGCACCGUUGCCAGUGAAGAGUUAGCAGAUAGCCAGCCCGAUAGCGACGGAGAAGGAAGCGACAACUCCAAACGCAUUUUGAAUGUAGCCGAAUUUAGGCUAAGCUCGGGAAUCCUAUCAUUCUCUAUUGUAAACGCCAGUAUGCGCCGGGUGAAGAGCUCCAUCGAAAGCUACUAUUCUAUCGAAGAGCCCGAUGACUUCGACGACGACAGCAACUCAACCAGUGCGCUUGUGCUGCACAUGUUUGUGGUGCAGGCAAAGAGCCUCCAGGAGUGCCAUAUCAUUUACCAACCCUGCGUUGCGGCGCCCGAAAAGACAGAACGCCGUAGUCUGAGUAGCAAGCGAUCAGAGACACCGGAGGACAACCUGCUGAUCAAGCAGGAGCCUGAAUCUCCCAACAGCGGAACAUCGGGCACUGUCCAGCUGGAUGCUCUGUUUGCCAAAUCAACAAAGAGAUCCUCCACGGGCAGCUCAUCUGCCAUCGUGGCUGUUGCGGCAGCAGCAGCUGCUGCUCCUUCGGUCAUCCUGCAGGACGCCGCCAAGGAGGCCAGCAAGUCAGAGUCACCUCAACUUGGCAGCUCCUAUCCACAGGUGAAUCUCAUGACCCCAGAUGCCUUCAGUGCAAGCGGAACCUCGACGGCAACAGCAGUGGUGGUGGCCUCCAGCACCACGACAACUACAGGAACGGAUAGCUCUACGUCGGGCAGCGGAAACAAUAGGUCCAUUGAUUCGGCAGUUCUGCAAACGCUGCGCAUGCUGGCCACCGUAACGUCCAAGACAUCGGAAAAUCCCAACGCGGAGGUCCUUGUUAACCUAAUGAACAACACACUUAUCGAGGACAGGGAGCAGCAGAAGCUGAAGGAAAAGCUGGACGCUCGCAAAAAGUUCGUUGCUAUUGACCGAAAUCCCGAGCGUAAUGUGGCUGAGAACUUGGCAAGUGGCGGUUCUAGUCCGAGUCGUGAGGUACAGGAGAUAAUGGCUACUCAGGAGGACGACGAUGUCUAUGAGACGGAGCUUGAUGCCUAUGAGGCCGAGCUUGAGAAUGAGGAGGAAGAACUGGCCAACUCAUCGCCCCUGUUGGAGGCAGUUGAUGGAACCUGGCCCAUUGUUAAGUUGCCACCCCUCAAAAACUCAGCUGCGCUUCAGAAUGCUGCCCAGAUUAUGUCGCAAGCGGUGCAGAAUACCAACAAUGGCAAUGUGCCUCCCACUCUUGGUGGCGGUAACAACAACAACACUAGUGUGGGCAGCAAUAGCAACAACAACACGGCCACAACGCUGAACACAAGCAACAGCAGCAGCAAAAACAACGCAGGCGGAUCGGGCGAUGAUUCCAAUGGGAACGGAGAGCUGAAUGCCAAGAUAGAACUGCUACUAGAUCUUGUUAAGGCUCAAUCCAAGCAAUUAAACAAACUGGAGCACGAGGUUACCAAGCUACAAAAGCAGCAAGAGACGGUGGUCGCCCAGCAAUCCAAACCUGAUGCUUCCUUGGAUGCGAAAAAUGUCAACCAGCUGGCAUAUAAAAUCGAGAUGCAGCUGUCCAAGCUGAUGGAGCAGUACCUCAAACGCUACGAAAACGAACACAAGAGGAAAUUAACCGAAUUCCUGGCUGCACGUGACGGUUUAAAUCGGGAUCUGCGCGACUCUGUGCUUCAAGUGCUGAAUCAGUACGUGAUGAAUCAUUUUACAGACAUUAUAGGCAACGUUUUAAAUAUGGAACUGCAACGACAACUGCUCCCGCGGGUUAAUGCCAAGAUGGACCAACUUCAAGCCCAAAUGCAAGUGGAAAUUGUGCAGAAGUUGAGUGUUUUCGAUAAGACGGUCAAAGAGAAUAUCGCCCAGGUCUGCAAAAGCAAGCAAUUUUUGGAUACCUUUGGCAAGUCGGUUUUGAUUGGUGUCCAAGCCAGCCUCCAGACCGCCUUUAUAGAAUCUAUGAGCAGCACUUUGAUUCCAGCCUAUGAGAAGUCCUCGCAGAACAUGUUUAAACAGCUUCAUGAAGCCUUUAGCGUGGGCAUUAAGGACUUCAUGGUCCAGUUUAACACCUACCUGCAGCAUAUGCCCCAACCUCAAGCGGCGGGCGCCAACUCCGAGGAGCUGAACAGCAAGCUGACCAUGCUUAAGCAGCUGGUUGAAAGCAGCCUCCAUAAGCAUCGCACUGAACUCACGGACGCCAUGCUGGAGACACAAAGGGAGGUGAAGAGCUUGGAGAUUUUGCUGGCGCGCCAGGUACAGGAAACGAUCCGAACAGAGCUUCGCAAGCACAUGGAGACUCAGAACAUGGCAAUGCGCUCGCAGGCUGCCACGCCGGCACCACCAUACGACCUCAAGGACAGCAUCAAGCAACUCUUACUAGCUGGACAGAUCAACAAGGCGUUCCAUCAGGCUCUGCUGGCCAACGACUUGAGUCUUGUUGAGUUCACCCUCAGGCACACAGACAGCAACCAGGCCUUCACUCCCGAGGGAUGCAGGCUGGAACAGAAGGUUCUGCUGUCUCUCAUUCAGCAGAUAUCCGCUGACAUGACCAAUCAUAAUGAGCUUAAGCAGAGGUACCUUAAUGAGGCUUUGCUGGCCAUCAACAUGGCAGAUCCCAUUACCCGCGAGCAUGCGCCCAAAGUGCUCUCCGAGCUGUAUCGUAAUUGCCAGCAGUUCAUCAAGAACAAUCCCAAGAACUCGCAAUUCAGCAACGUCCGCCUGCUGAUGAAGGCAAGCAUCACGUACCGCGACCAGUUAAAAUGAUAUCAAGAGAACUACAACCUGGCCAGCGGCUGGUACUGAUAGAGAACCCAUCCGACCCUGUCCCGGCAUCGAUCCCAAUCCCAGAUAGUUAAUCUAGGACCACAUACACAGAUUGAUACAUACACGCUUGUAGUUAAGUCCAGAAAGCAGUUCAUCCCUGCUAAAAAGCUCUCAGCCAAGAUCAUUCUCAAAGAGUUGAAAAUUAAUCUAUGCCUUUCAUUUUAUUGUUUUUAUGUUUUGUGCGUGUUUUGUUUUAAGUAAGGCAAAUGUUCAUGUCGCUAUAUUGAAAAUGUAUUAUCCUUAGAAAGAUUAUCCUACUAAAUGGCAAUAUUGUUUUUCAUAAUUUAAUUUUUGCACCGAUCUGCGAGCAGUUCGACUGUGCUGCCUUUUUAGUUUCGUUCUUUUUUAUAUUCUUUUUUAAAAUUAUGACGCUUACUGAAAAAAAUAACAAAAACACUGAGCUGUAAAAACUUAUUUAAAAAAUGAUUUUCAAAACAAUAGAAGAUUUCGAUUAUGACGAACAACACAAACACAUUUAUGAUGAUUGCAAAUGCAAAAACUACAAGUAAAUCGUAGGUAAUAAGUUAAAAACGAAAUAAGUAAAAAAAAAACUAAAAUUUAUAAUUAAAAAAAAAAAUAAAUGUAUGUACUUGAAAAACUCCACAAACAGUUUUUGUU